AUGGCUUCUCAGCUGCUUCCUCUUGAGCUCAUUGAUAAGUGUGUUGGCUCUCGGAUUUGGGUUGUCAUGAAGGGUGACAAAGAGUUCUCCGGGACAUUGCUCGGAUUCGAUGACUACGUCAACAUGGUUAUGGAAGACGUGACAGAUUUUGACUACUCCGGUGCCCAAAUCAAGCUCCCUAAGCUCUUGUUGAAUGGAAACAAUAUCUGCAUGUUGAUUCCCGGCGGCGAAGGCCCCGUGGCAAGCUCAUGA